AUGAAGACCUCCCUGAUCACAAUUAGUGCCCUCCUCGGUCUGGUCUCAGCCCAGAAUGCCGUCGUGAACAAUCACUGUGACACCACCGUUUAUGUCCAGUCGUACCCUUACGAUGGUAGCGACCCCGGCCCUCUCACCACCGUUCCAAGCGGGGGAACCUUCUCCGAGGAUCUCAGAGCAUCUGGCUCGAGCGUCAAGAUCGAUAAGACAAAGUCGCUAGAUACGCCUCUUUUCUUUGGCUAUUCAUUCUCGUCCAACCCAGACAUCGCGUACUAUGAGCUUAGCACAGAAUGGGGCAACCCAUUCGCAGCAAAUGCCAACUCGCUCGGUGCCGGGGAAGGCUGUGACUCCUUUGACUGUGCGGCCAAUGAUGCCGCCUGCUACAGUACCCCAUCUGAUAAGAAGGUCCUGCAUUGCCCCGAGCCAGUCAUUCUGACCGCAGACCUGUGCAAUUAA